AUGCUGUCAACCCUUGUAUACAUCUCCUUGGCGGUUUUCGCGGUCCCUCAAGUUUCUGCCUUCCAGGUGUGGCGAAACUCCGAUCUCGACAAGCUAGCAACCCCGUUGUCGGUCGACUGCCAAAAUGCUCUCACCUACAACAUCGAAUGUGUCAGUGAGCUCAUGAGCGGGCGGGAUAUCAUGGACAGAGAAUUUCCGACGGGGGAUUCGGCAAAGGCUUACUGUGCUAAGGCCUGCUAUGACUCUCUCCUAACCUUCCAGAAGGGUAUCGACUCGCACUGCGGAAACAUACAAAUUCCUUCCAAGAACAAUAAUGAGACUCUGUUUCCCGUGAUGAUUGCUCGCGAAUUCAAAUGGAUUUACGAACUCACCUGCAUCCAAGACUCAUCGGGGUUAUGCAUGGAAGAUCUUAUGAAUGGCGAGCUCGAUGAAUGCUCGGACUGCGUACUACAGUAUAUGGUUGUGAUGGCUUCCCCGGAUAGUCACUGGCCAAUAUCGCCAGAGGACUUGUCAUUGUAUUUGCUGAUGUGCGGCGUACCAAUGCCGACUUAUCCCUAUUCCAAUGCCUUGGUACUAACUCCAAUUGUGACCUCUUCAACACCCAGUGGACUAGUAACACCGACUGCUACGUCUACUUGCCAAGGCCAUAUCUAUAUUUCCAAAGAGGGAGAUGACUGCAAGUCAAUCUCAAAAGCCCACUCCAUGAGCACAGAUCGGCUAAUCGAAGUCAACUUUCUGGAUUAUAUGUGCUCACCAAUUGAGCCAGGAACCGAACUAUGUAUCCAAGAUAUCUGCGACACCCACACGAUUGAACCGUCCGAAACGUGUCAGGGUAUUGUGCGGGAUCGGCCAUUUGGAUUGGUACAGCUCAUGGGCUGGAACCCGACCAUUCAUCAAAACUGUGACAACCUGGAUUACAUGGCCGGAAGAAGCAUCUGUAUAUCACCACCGGGAGAGGGCGAGUUCAACCUUCCGAAGAGCAGAACCUCUACCACCAGAGGGCUGACAACUUCCCUCAUCGACUCAUGGGUACCUGCAGAGACGAUUGCAAUGUCUGAUUUCCUCAAGGAGUGGUACCCAACUCCAGGUAAUCCAGGAGAGCAGCGCGUUCUACAAGAUCAAGCACGAUAA